AUAAUAUUUUCAGAUGUAAUUAGCUUAAUUAUACCGGAAGAACUUCCUACUCUUUUGUCGCUAAUCUAUUCUAACAUACCUCCAAUCAAAAAAGGAACCGAUUCAAGACUUGGCGUAGGUUUCCGAUUAGGAGAACACGCGGAUUUCCAAAUUCUUAUCGAAUUGGGUCCUCAAACCGAGACAGAAUCAUUAAGUGCGUCUAAUGAUGCAAAGAGACGAAGAGAUACAAUUACUGCUGCUAUGAGAGGAGAGCUAGGACCAUUAACACAAGCGAUAGCUAAAUAUCAAAUACAGCAAGCAAUUAAAAAAGAAGUGGAAAAAUACAGAAUAAUGCAGGAAAAACUUAAAAAAGUCCAAAUGGAAGAGAAAAAACAACCAGAAAAUCAACAUAAUACUUCUAGCAAUUGGUUAACGGAAUGGAGAAAGGAAAUGUCAUAUCCAUCACAAUAUGACGUGUCAUUAAAUUUAGCUCAAAAUGAUACAAUACAACAACAAAGGAUAGAAAGACCACUAGUUCAAUCCAACGUUCAAAAGAAUAAAUUUGAAGAGCUAGCAGAACUAUAUAGAUCACAAAAUACGACCAGAAAUACUUGAGCACAAAUUUAAUGUGGAUUUGUGCAACUGUACAUGUACAAAUAAAUCUAUAUCCAGUAAGAACAGUUA